GUACUUCCUGAUAUUCAUAGCCUAGCUUAGCCACUGGCUGAGAGAGGUGGGAAACAACAUCGACCAAUGAAAUGUAAGAUUCAUUACAUAGCUUUUGAGGUGGACCGCUAUAUUUUACACGCGGAUACAGUAUAUUGGUAACGUCACACUAUCAGAGGAAAAAUGAAUAUGUACGAAGUGCCCAACCCCAGCAUGCCAAACUGUCCGCGAGGAUUGGAAUAUCUCACACAAGUCGACCAGCUACUCAUAAAACAGAAAGUGGAAAUUAUUGAAGCCCUAGUUGGCUUCGAGAGCAACAACAAGUACGAGGUCCGUAAUGCCAUGGGCCAGAACGUAUUCUACGCCGUUGAGGAAAACGACUGUCUGAGUCGCCAGUGCUGCGGACCCCUGCGCUCCUUUACCAUCCGUGUCCUCGACAACUUCGGAGAGGAAAUCAUCACGGUCAGCAGGCCCCUCAAGUGCAUGUCCUGCUUUUUCCCCUGCUGUCUACAAGAGUUGGAGGUUCAGUCUCCACCAGGAAACACAGUGGGCUACGUCCUCCAACAGUGGCAUCCCUUCUCUCCCAAGUUCAUUGUGGAGAAUGAACACAGAGAGCCCGUACUGAAGAUCCAUGGGCCUUUCUGCGGCUGGAGCUGCCUCCCAGAUGUUGACUUUGAGAUUUUGACCCUGGAUGAGGUCAGUAAGAUUGGAAAGAUCAGUAAACAGUGGACAGGUCUUCUCCGUGAGAUGUUUACUGACACCGAUAACUUUGGAAUCCAGUUUCCCAUGGACCUGGACGUGAAGAUGAAGGCUGUGAUGAUCGGAGCCUGUUUCCUUAUCGAUUUCAUGUUCUUUGAAAGCUCCAACAACAACUAGGGGCAUUUGAAGAUCCACAGCCACCGUAUCAACACUACCAGAAGUAACACCAUCCGAUUGACCAGCACCAGGAUAUACAAUUCUCUGUGACAUGACAUGAAUUUUUUUUAUUAUACGUACCUCAGACGGAGUAUGUGUUGUAAUUUUAAGAGAGCACAGCUGAAUGUAACUUCUAGUUAACUAGUAAUAGUGAUAGCAUCUCAGGUUGGAUCACACAAUAUGAGUUCAAGAGUGGGGGUACACAAUGAGGGGAUCUAGAUGCGGAACGUGUGGUUGUCUUUGCGUGAGUGUGUGUUGGGGGGUUGGGGGGUAUGCGCAUGUUUGUAUGUGUGUGUGUAUUUUGUGGUUGUGUUGUCUCUUAGAACCAAGAACCCUCAGUCCUAUAAAAGGUUGAAUUAUACCAACCCUAUACCGCAUAAUGUGUCAUAACUGCCUCCCAUAAACAAGACUGGAAAGGUAAACAGAAAUGGGUGUGGUGAGGAUUUUAUCUACCAAAAUGAUAUGUCAAGAGUUUAGAAACAAACAUGAUAUAUUUUUGGUUGAGAAAAUAGAUGUUUACAGUAACUUUAUUUUUUGUUGGUAUUUUUUUUCAUAUUUAAUAAACUGACCAAACUGUUUCAAUAUUAAGGUUAAUUUAACUGGAUAGGUAUGGGAUGAUUUUUUGUAUUUUACCUGAAAAGUCUUUGUUAUUUAUAUUCAGAUAGGAGCAUGUUUUAUAACAGUGUGUACAUUUGUGCAAUGUUUCUUUUACCUUACACAAGAGGGCAUGAGCUAGCCAUCUUGUAUCGUGCUAUUUAUAUUUCUAUCCCAUUUGCUAAAUUGUAGGCUAAAUGAACACACAGUACAAAUGAUGAAAUCUUAAUAUCAGUGUCUCUGUUGUGUAUUUGGUCAUAGACUCAGGUUUCACUGUAAAUGCUUUAGAAACAUGCCAUUUUAACCUCAAAACACUGUAGUCCAAGCCUGUUGCAAUUGAUGAUACACUGAAUGUAGGGAUGCACUGUUAGAUAAUAAUUUGUUAUGUAUUAAAACACAUUUUCAUCAGAAUAUUUAAUGCAAUGUGCUGACAUGUCAUGUCAGCUUGAGGAAAAAUGACUUUCACAAGUUUUACAAAUUCAGUAAAUUAUCCUUUAGCUGGCUUGCGCUCUGAGAACAUAAUUGGGAAUAUCACUUUUUUUCCCAUGGCAACACGGUCUGGAUUCCUGUAACAACAACACUCUCUUAUCAAAGCCAACUGAAGUGUGUAUCACAUUACUAUUUCAAGAAUAGGAGAAGGAAGUAGGCUUGGUCUGAGGGAAGAUGUCUGCCGACAUAAUUGUUGAUGAUAGUUGUUUUAAAUUGUACAGAGUUACAGUAAUGCCAAUCAAAAUAAUUAGUAGGUGUAUACCCCCUCCGUCGACUGGUAUGGUAAUCUCAUGCCAAACUUUUGAUAUGUUUUUUUUUUUUGAGCCCUGUUUAUAGGAAACUCAAAUUACGGUCUCCCUGUGUUUGUUCUAGUGCAUUAGUUCAUCCCACUGUAAUGUUGACUUUGUGCCGCUGGAAGGCGGUCUGGCUAUCACCGGUGAGGGACAGCAUGAAUUUGAAGUGUAAUAAUUAUUCAGGCAGAUUUACUUUUACAUUUGAGUCAUUUAGCAGACGUACUUAUCCAGAGCGACUUGCAGUAAGUACAGGGACAU